AUGGUGAGGGAUCUGCUGAAACUUACACUUGCUGGAGCUGUAGUUGGGUUUCUUGGUUACUGUAUUUAUUUUGAUCGCAAGCGCCGAAGCGAUCCAGAGUUUCGUGCCAAACUUGCCAAGAGACGGCGAGCGAGAGCACUUGCCGCGCAGAGAGCAUCAAUGCCUGUUCUUCCUUCCAUGAAUGAUCCUAGGGCGAUACACAAAUUCUUUCUGGAACAGAUUCAGCAGGGUGAAAAUGCACUCACUACUGGCUAUACCGAUGAGGCUGUCAAGCAUUUUGCAUACGCAGUUGUUGUGUGCGGUCAACCCACCCAGCUUUUGCAGGUUCUGCAGCAAUCACUUAGCCCUGGAAUAUUUUCGAAAUUGGUGACUUCACUGCCUGAGGUCAGAAAGUUGGUUCUAGACGCAAAUAAUUUGCUUGCGAGGAACCAGAUUGAGGAAGAAUUGGAAUAA